AUGACCAUGAGGAGCUUUUUAGGAAUAACAGCACACUUCGGCGUCGGUAUUGAAUUAAAUUCAAUUACUAUUGGAGUGUACCAGUCAAAUGAACGUCAUACGUCGGAAAACAUCGCUGAAAUGCUGUCGAACACUUGUACUGAAUGGGGCAUCGACAAAGAUAAAGUUUCGGCUGUGGUGACAGAUAACGCAGCCAACAUGGUAAAAGCCAUAGAUUUGGCUUUUGGGAAAAAACAUAUACCAUGUUUUGCACACGUCUUAAAUUUGGUGGCACAGAAUUCUAUUCAACAGUGUACAGAGCUACGAAAUUUAAUAACUAAAGUCAAGGAUAUUGUUACUUGGUUCAAACAGAGCAAUAUCGCUAGUAACGAAUUGCUUUUACAAGUACUGCGACCAAUAGAAGCUGCAACCAAGGAAGUGUCAGGUGACAAGUACUGCACUAGCAGCAAGGUUAUUCCACUUAUCCACUGCCUUAUUUUAAAAGUACUAUCUCUUCAGCUCGAGGAUUCUCUUGGAAAAGAUCUGAAAUCGCUAGUCUUAAAAGAGAUUGCCAAAAGAAUGGGUGUUAUAGAGAAUGUGACACCUCUCGCCAUAGCUACAGUAUUAGACCCAAGAUUCAAGAAAAUGCAUUUCACGAAUCCUCUUGCUUGCUCUUCAGCUGUUGCAAAAGUCAAAGACUUAAUGAAAACUAUAGCACAAAAUGAGGCAGAAUCAGAUUCUUCGGAUAAUUCUGAGAAACCUGAAGAUAACUUUUGUUUAUGGGAAGAUCACCAUAAAUUAGUCCGUAAGAACUGGAAAACGUCGAAGACCGACGGCUCUAGUUCUGACGAGCUAUCUAUAUAUUUACGUAGUCCAGUAGGAAGACUCAAUGAAAACCCAUUACAGAUAUGGAAUGAUCUUAAAAUUCAGCUACCCAAACUACAUAUAAUCGCUUAUAAGUACCUCACCAUGGUGGGGACUUCAGUGUCAGCUGAACGUUUAUUCUCAAAAGCUGCACAAACAGUUAAUCAACAACGUAAUCGACUAAAGGGCUCCCGCUUAAAUAAACUUAUGUUUUUGCAGUCUUCCAAAAGAACACUGGAAAAAGGCCAUAUUUCCAGUAUUCCAUUAGGAUUUUUACUUUGGCUGAUUUUUUUAUAA